GUACCUCGUAGGUUUUCUAGGAGAGAUGAAUUUAGAGAAUAUUUACAAAGUGUUGGCAUCUAUGAUUCUUUAACUAAAGCAUUGUCUAAUUUAUAUGAAGAACAGGGUAAACCAGAAGAUCCUUUAAUAUAUAUUAAACAGCAGUUGGGAAUUAAUGAUUCUAAUAAUAUGGAAUCACUAAAACAGCAGCUUAUUCAAGCAAAACAGAAAUUGGAAGAAUUAAAAAAAGAAAACAGUGAUCUUCUUGUAAAAAUGGCGAGCUGAAUUAAAAGGAAAAUGGGCGCUUCUUGGUAAUUUCUUAUUCUUCGUAAACAGUUGAAUAUGGAGAUAUUGAAUUCUGAGUAUUAAAUAAUUUUAUGAUAUAUUUUAUAUGAAAAUUUUUAAAAUUAACUGUAUUUGCUUAAAAAAUCGAUUAUUUUUUUUAGUUGUAAUAUUGAGUGAGUAUAAAGUUUAGCUUGUAUGUUUUCUUAAAUUUAUAAGAAUAAUUUAAAAAUGGUUUAUUUUACUUAAUCAAUUACUAAGUUUAUUUAU